AUGUCGUCUGGAGCUCAUUUGACCUCUUUACAUAGACUACAUACAUUCAAGCACGUAAACUGGGCCAGGCAAAAAGCAGCUUGGCACUGCGGUGAGACUUCUCGCAGACAACCGAACCUGUUGCCCACCAUUCGAACGCCCCAUCGAAAAGUCCUUUCAAGACGAUCAGCUCAAGUCGCGAAGCAGCAAAAAUAAUCAAUAGUCCUUCAGGCCCAGGGACAGCAUUUCAACGUUCCCGGGGUUCCGGAAAACACCUCUAAACCCCCCAUCCCC